CGUAUGUAUAGAAAGGUGAAAGCCGUGCGAAGCUAAUGGCAAGGGUAAAGCUGAGCUCGCAGUGCGCCGCGUAACGGUGGUAAUGAGCCGCGCGUCAUCGAGAAGUUCGUUUCCGCUUGCACUCACGCACGAUUAAAAUUAAACGCGUAAUUUUUUGUUACACUUUGUAAUUUGCGAAACGAAAGAAGAAAACGGUGAUGUCGCGCGAUAAGCGUGUUUUAACGUGUUGCGUCUAUCUGCGUUUUAUUUUAUAAAAAGUUGAUCUUCUCUUUUGUGUUUUUUCUGUCAAUCUGAUAAUUUCAGUGCGACAAGUUAGACAUAAAAAAAAAAAAAAACUUUCUCGUUGUGCGCUCGUUGAUUUCGACGAACGAAUACUACGUGCUUGUGACGUCAACUGAUUAUUGCUGAUUUGAAAAAAAAACAUUUGUUUGUGUAGAAAAUAAACAUCGUUCAAACAAAAAAGUUCGAUCGGGCGCUAGAAAAUUGUUUCCGGCAAAAGAAACAUUCUUCCAAAUAUGAUCUAAAAAAAACCAAAUUUUACAAAUUUGAAAAAAAAAAGCCGCGAACGGUGCAAUUAAAAGUGCUUUUGAAAUUUUGUAAUUAAUUUUAUCUCUUUUUCUUUUUCGUUACAUAAGGUGUAUUAAUAAAAGUGUCGGCGCGAAUCGAUGCUUUUCGAAGAGGAGAAUUUAUGUGACGAAGAAACACACGAUAAUGCUCGUUUCGCGACACGAACUACGUGCGAAUAAAUUUUUGUGAUUUGUGAGAACACAACGUCAAUAAAAAAAUCGUCAUGAAGUGGAAGAGAGAACCGUGUAAAUUUCUGUCGGAGAAAACGUUUCUCAUAAUUAAGGAUGACCUGAGCAUCUUGAAAGGUACGACCAAAAAAUCAGACGGCAAGAAGACAGCGGUGAAAAAUGUGGGGAACACCGGGACUUGGCCGCCGAAAAUGAAACGCGUGCGUGCGUUCUGCAGGGAAGAGCUGGAGAGACCGAAAACGGCCAAUCUCGCGAGACCGAGCGUACUGGACCCUACGCUGGUGGACAAACUCGACAUGUCUCUGCUCAGCAAGGAGCUGCUGUGCGACUCAAUGACGCGUUUUCAAUCAUCAAAUGACAAAAUGUCGGCCGGUAACAACACGUCGACAUCGUCUUUGUCAUUGUUGUUGCCGUCGCCGCCGUUCGCGGCAAGACGACGUCAGAGCGCCGCAGUUACCACCGCAACCGCGAUGACUACUACUUUGUUGUCAGACGACGACGUCGUACCAGUACGUCGCAAGCGACAGAGCUUCGAACAGAUUGACGAGCCACGGAUUGUAGCGAACCAAAUGGAGAUCGACUCGUCAAGGUCGUCCUCCAUCGGAAGUCAGAAGAUCCUGUCACCACCAAAUACGCAGGAACAAGCGUCCUCCGGACGGAACACCGACGUCAGAAAAUUCGAUGAUAACAACAAUAGAAACGGUCCUCCCAAAGUCCUGUCCACCGUGAAGAAGAAGAACUCGCGCACCAGUCUACCGAGCGACUUAGAAAUAUUCACUACCGCGUCGGCAAAGAACGUAACCGCGCCGGAGCCCUGCAAGACCUGCGGACGUCCGGAUCAGCCCGAAAGAUUUCACAGUCAUCCGAAAGGCAGUCAGACGAAAAUCAAGGAGAUUCCACCGUCUGUUGCGACGGCCAAGUCGAAACUCGCCGUUCCGCCGGUUCCAAAGUCUAUCCAGAAACCGGUGGCGUUGAACUUCCGCAGCGAUAGGAACAAAAAGAAAUCGGAGAACACGGCGGAGAUGAAUUCGAGGACGCCGGCCACUCCCCAGGAUCCGUCGUCACGUGGAUCAGCGGAUCAGCGGGUCAGGUCGUCGUCCGCGAAACGCGGUCCCAGAACCGUCACAUGUUACAUAUGCGGUCGGGAAUUCGGCACCGCCAGUUUCCACAUACACGAGCCUAAAUGCAUGGAGAAAUGGGAGCGCGAGAAUAACUCGCUGCCGCCAUCCCAGAGACGGCCCAGGCCUCAAAAACCCGCGGUCGGAGUCGAGCACAGCGAUUGGAAUGCAGCGGCAUGGGAACAGAGUCAGGAACAAUUGGUUCCGUGCGCGAAAUGCGGCAGGACAUUUUUACCGGAACGAUUGCCGAUUCACGAAAGAAGCUGCAAAGCUGCCCCGAAGAACAACGAGCCAAAACUCGAACGACUGGCUACGCCGGCGAAUCCGCGCAGCGUCAUGCCGCCGACUGUUCCGUGUCGUAUGUGCGGUCGAAAAUUCGGCACCAGAAGCAUCAAAAUCCACGAGCCUCAGUGCAACAGACGUUGGCAAAUGCAGAACGAUUCAACAAAUCUGCAAAAUGACAACGCAGAGUUACCGUCCAUGUAUCCGGACUUGUCGCAAAAGAGAACCGUCACGUGUUACAUAUGCGGCAGGGAUUUCGGAACCAACAGUAUCGCCAUACACGAGCCGCAAUGUUUAAAGAAAUGGCAUGUGGAGAAUAACAAAUUGUCGCCGUCACGAAGGAGAAAGGAACCGCAGAAACCCGAGAUCGUGUACACACAGGAUCCUCAAACAGGAAACAGGGUGGUCGAUCAGGCGGCGACGGCUGAGGCCAAUUGGAUGUCGCACUUGAGCCAGUUGGUGCCGUGCAAGCAUUGUGGAAGAACCUUUAAUCCCGAUCGCGUGAACAUCCACGAGAAGAGCUGCAAAGGAAAUCGCUAAAGGUUUUAUCACGCGACGAGAAAAGAUGAAGUUUCUUCUGUUUAAUUUUAGAAACCGACUUUACAGAUAUAGACGUAAUUAAAAAAAAAAACUGUAACUGGCGGAAAAAAACAAUAGUAGAAUAUAUAUAUAUUAUACGAUAAUCUAUUGCCGUAAUUUUUUUAGAAGUGACGCAUCUGUGUUUUUAUAUGGAAAUAAAAUAACUAACUCUUUGCAAUUUUGUAACACACCGUUUGAUCUCACAGAGUUGUGAUUUACUUCUGUUUAAAAAGAUAAAUGACGAUACGUGUAUCAAAAAAACAAUAAAACAAUAAUGUAUUCGAUCACUUUGUUGUAUACAAAGCACCUAAAAAUGUAAUUUUUAUAAUAGAAAAAAAAUCUCAUUCAAGUGAUUCGCAAUGUUUAAUCUUACUUAACAUAGGUUUAGAAAUCUCACCUACACAUCUUUCCUUUUUGUUGCUGAUAUUAGAUAUAAAUCUUGUAAUAACAAAUACGAUUGUUGUUGAUAGGUAUAAUAAUAAUAAAAAAGUAUGUUUUAUUUUAUGUGUCGAAUUUGUCUAGGUUGAAUAAUUGAUUAAAUAAGAAUUUUAGGUUUUUGCAAACAGCUGUAUA